AUGCGAAUUGGCAUGAUGUGCCACGCCAGUUUCGGCGGCAGCGCCCGCAUUGGCAUCGAAUUGGCCAUUGCUCUGGCCGGGCGUGGGCAUCGGGUACACCUGUUUACCCGCACGACGCCACUGGUCGGCUGGGACCGGUCGAAUGGGGUGGUGCUGCACACCCUGCUGCCGGACGCCGCCGACACCCGGCAUCCGGCAACGCUGCAUACCGACUGGUCGGACCGCGAUCUGCAGCGUUACACCGAGAGCAUUUUGCAGGUCAUCGCGGACGAGCACCUGGACGUGCUGCAUUUCCACUAUGCCGUGCCGUUCGCCUUUGUGGCGCAGAACGUGCGCCGCUGCCUGGGCGACAUGGCUCCCCGGCUGGUCGGCACGCUGCACGGCACCGACGUGACCCAUUUUGGCAAGGACCCCGCAGUAGCGCCGAAACUGGCCGCCGCGCUGCGCUGCAACGACGUGCUGACCACCGUUUCCUUCAGCCACGCGAAAUUGGCUGCUUCUGCGUUCAGCCUGUCUUCUCGCCCGCGCGUGGUCAGUAAUUUCGUCGACCUGGCGCGCUUCAAGCCGUGCCCGCACGUAUCCCCGCUCUCUAACCCGGCGCGACCGCUCCGUAUCGUGCAUGUCUCCAAUUUCCGACCGAUCAAGGACACCCCAAGCGUGGCGCGCAUUUUCCUGGGCAUCCGUGAGCGUCUGGAAGCCGAGUUGUGGCUUGUGGGCAGCGGUGAGGACCUGCCCGCCCGCGACGUGGCGCCCUUCCUGCGCGGUGCCGACCUGCUACUCGUUACCAGCCUGUACGAAAGUUUCUGUAUGGUGGCCCUGGAGGCCAUGGCGUGCGGCGUGCCGGUGCUCGCCACGCGCGUGGGCGGGCUGCCGGAGGUGGUGAUGCAGGGUCGCACCGGGCUACUUUUUCCGCUUGGCGACAACGCCGAGGCCGUGGAUCUGGCCGUAGACCUGUUGACCGACCCGGCGCGGCACGAAGCCAUGCGGCAGACGGCCAUCCGGCACGCCAGCGAGUUCGGGGUGGAGCAGGGUGUACGGGCCUACACGGCGCUUUACCAGCCAUAA